AUGGCGAGGCCACGGCCCAGCCCCUGGUGGACUCAGCUGCUGCUCACUGUCCUGCUCUGCACCACCCUCCUGGGGACCUCAGCAAACCGCUGCAAGAAAGCACUGGUCAAGAGUUGCACCGAGUGCAUCCGCGUGGCCAGGGACUGCGCAUACUGCACGGAUGAGCUCUUCAAGGGUCACCGCUGUAACAUCCGGGAGGAGCUGGUGGCAGCCGGCUGUGGGCAGGAGAGCCUAGUGGUCAUGGAGAGCAGCUUGGAGAUCACAGAGGAGGGCCGGAUCGACACCACCCUGCGGCGCAGCCAGGUGGCCCCGCAGGGCCUGCGCGCCCGCCUGCGGCCCGGGGAGGAGCGUUUCUUCGACCUGGAGGUGUUCGAGCCCCUGGAGAGCCCCGUGGACCUAUACAUCCUCAUGGACUUUUCCAACUCCAUGUCCGACGAUCUGGACAACCUCAAGAAGAUGGGGCAGAACCUGGCCCGCGUCCUCAGCCAGCUCACCAGCGACUACACUAUUGGGUUUGGCAAGUUCGUGGACAAAGUCAGCGUCCCGCAGACGGACAUGAGACCAGAGAAGCUGAAGGAGCCCUGGCCCAACAGCGACGCCCCCUUCUCCUUCAAGAACGUCAUCAGCCUCACGAACGAUGAGAACGAAUUCCGGACCAAGCUGCAGGGCGAGAGGGUCUCGGGCAACCUGGACGCCCCUGAGGGCGGGUUUGAUGCCAUACUGCAGACAGCUGUGUGCACCAGGGACAUUGGCUGGCGCCCUGAGAGCACCCACCUGUUGGUCUUCUCCACGGAGUCCGCGUUCCACUACGAGGCGGACGGUGCCAACGUGCUGGCAGGCAUCAUACGGCGAAACGACGAGGAGUGCCACCUGGAUGCCACGGGCACCUACACGCAGUACCGCACCCAGGACUACCCCUCGGUGCCCACGCUGGUGCGCCUGCUGGGCAAACACAACAUCAUCCCCAUCUUCGCUGUCACCAACUACUCCUACAGCUACUACGAGAAGCUGCACACGUACUUCCCCGUGUCCUCCCUGGGGGUGCUCCAGGAGGACUCGUCCAACAUCGUGGAGCUGCUGGAGGAGGCCUUCGAGCGCAUUCGCUCCAACCUGGACAUACGGGCCCUGGACAGCCCCCGAGGUCUGCGCACAGAGGUCACCUCCGUGAUGUUCCAGAAGACAAAGACCGGCUCCUUCCACAUCCGGCGGGGGGAAGUGGGCACGUACCGCGUGCAGCUGCGGGCGGCGGAAGAAGUGGACGGCACGCACGUGUGCCAGCUGCCGGAGGAGGACCAGGGGGGCAACGUCCACCUGAAGCCGUCCUUCUCCGACGGGCUCAUCAUGGACGUGGGCAUCAUCUGCGACGUGUGCGCCUGCGAGCGGCAAAAAGAGACGCGCUCGGCCCGCUGCCACUUCAACGGGGACUUCAUGUGUGGCCACUGUGUGUGCAGCGAGGGCUGGAGCGGAAAGACCUGCAACUGCUCCACGGGCUCGCUGAGCGACACGGCGCCCUGCGUGCGCGACGGCGACGACAAGCCGUGCUCGGGCCACGGCGAGUGCCAGUGCGGCCGCUGCGUGUGCUACGGCGAAGGCCGCUACGAGGGCCAGUUCUGCGAGUUCGACAACUACCAGUGUCCACGCACGUCCGGCUUCCUCUGCAAUGACCGGGGCCGCUGCUCCAUGAACCGUUGUGUGUGUGAGCCUGGCUGGACCGGCGAUAGCUGUGACUGCCCGCUCAGCAAUGCCACCUGCAUCGAUAGCAGUGGGGGCAUCUGUAAUGGCCGAGGCGACUGCGUGUGUGGACGCUGCCGCUGCAGCCAACACUCGCUCUACACAGACACUGUCUGCGAGAUCAACUACUCCGCGAUCCGCCUGGGCCUCUGUGAGGAGCUGCGCUCCUGCGUGCAGUGCCAGGCUUGGGGCACUGGAGAGAAGAAGGGGCGCAUGUGUGAGGAGUGCAGCUUCCAGGUGAAGAUGGUGGACGAGCUGAAGAGAGCGGAGGAGGUGGUGGAGCACUGCUCCUUCCGGGACGAAGACGACGACUGCACCUACAGCUACACGGUGGAGGGUGACGGCGCCCCUGGGCCCAACAGCACAGUCCUGGUGCACAAGAAGAAGGACUGUCCUCCCGGCUCCUUCUGGUGGCUCAUCCCUUUGCUCCUCUUCCUGCUGCUGCUGCUGGCACUGCUGCUGCUGCUCUGCUGGAAGUACUGCGCCUGCUGCAAGGCUUGCCUGGCGCUGCUCCCCUGCUGUAACCGAGGCCACAUGGUGGGCUUCAAGGAGGACCACUACAUGCUGCGGGAGAACCUGAUGGCCUCGGACCACCUGGACACGCCCCUGCUGCGCAGCGGGACCCUCAAGGGGCGCGACACGGUGCGCUGGAAGGUCACCAACAACGUGCAGCGGCCGGGCUUCGCCUCCCGCGCUGCCAGCACCAACCCCUCCGAGCUGGUGCCCUACGGGCUAUCCCUGCGCCUCGGCCGCCUCUGCACUGAGAACCUGCUGAAGCCUGACACGCGGGAGUGCGCGCAGCUGCGCCAGGAGGUGGAGGAGAACCUGAAUGAAGUGUACAAGCAGGUCCCGGGCGCACACAGGCUCCAGCGCACCAAGUUCCGGCAGCAGCCCAACGCCGGGAAAAAGCAGGACCACACCAUCGUGGACACAGUGCUGAUGGCGCCGCGCUCCGCCAAGCCGGCACUGCUGAAGCUCACGGAGAGGCACGUGGAGCAAAGGGCCUUCCACGACCUCAAGGUGGCCCCCGGCUACUACACCCUCACGGCUGAGCAGGAGGCCCGCGGCAUGGUGGAGUUCCAGCCUGGCGUGGAGUUGGUGGAUGUGCGCGUGCCCCUCUUCAUCCGGCCCGAGGAUGACGACGAGAAGCAACUGUUGGUGGAGGCUAUCGAUGUGCCCGUGGGCACCGCCACCCUGGGCCGCCGCCUGGUGCACAUCACCAUCAUCAAGGAGCAGGCCAACGGGACAGUGUCCUUCGAGCAGCCUGAGUACGUGGUGAGCAGAGGGGACGGUGUGGCCCGCAUCCCUGUCGUCCGGAGCGCCGUGGACAGUGGCAAAUGCCAGGUGUCCUACCGCACACAGGACGGUUCUGCCCAGGGCAGCCGGGACUACCUCCCAGAGGAGGGCGAGCUGCUGUUCCAACCUGGAGAGACCUGGAAGGAGCUUCACGUGAAGCUCUUGGACAUGCAGGAGAUGGAUACCCUCCUGCGCGGCAACCAGACUCGCCGCUUCCAGGUCCAGCUCUUCAACCCCAAGUUUGGGACACGCCUGGGCCAGCAUCCAUCAGCCACUGUCAUCAUCGGGGACCGAGAUGACAUGGAUGGGAACAUCACGAACCAGACGCUGUUAGGGGCCAUUCCCCCCCGCGGUGUGGACCUGGGUGCUCCGCAGAGCCCCAAUGCCAAGGCUGCUGGGUCCCGGAAGAUCCACUUCAACUGGCUGCCCCCCCGUGGCAAGCCCACGGGGUACAGGGUGAAGUACUGGAUGCAAGGUGACUCCGAGUCGGAAGCCCACCUGCUAGACAGCCGGGUGCCAUCGGUGGAGCUCACCAACCUGUACCCACACUGCGAGUAUGAGAUGAAGGUCUGCGCGUAUGGGGCACAGGGCGAGGGCCCCUACAGCUCGACUGUGUCCUGCCGCACCCACCAGGAAGUGCCCAGUGAGCCGGGCCGACUGGCCUUCAACGUCGUCUCCCCGACGGUGACCCAGCUGAGCUGGGCUGAGCCAGCCGAGCCGAACGGCGAGAUCACGGCCUACGAGGUCUGCUACGGCCUGGUCAACGAAGACAACCGCCCCAUCGGGCCCAUGAAGAAGGUGCUGGUGGACAGUCCCCGGAAGCGCAUGCUGCUCAUCGAGAACCUGCGGGAGUCGCAGCCGUACCGCUACACCGUGAAGGCGCGCAACGGCGCGGGCUGGGGGCCUGAGCGGGAGGCGCUCAUCAACCUGGCCACGCAGCCCAAGCGGCCCAUGUCCAUCCCCAUCAUCCCCGACAUCCCUAUCGUGGACGCUGCGCAGUGCGGGGGCGAGUACGACAGCUACCUCAUGUACAGCGACGAUGUUCUGCGCUCCCCGAGCGGCAGCCAGAGGCCCAGCGUCUCUGACGACACAGAGCACCUGGCAAAUGGACGCGUGGACCUGGCCUUCCCGGGCAGUGCCAGCUCCCUGCAUAGAAUGACAGUGGCCAACACUGCCUACGGCACCCACCUGAGCCCGCACCUGGGGCCGCGUGUGCUGAGCACCUCAUCCACCCUCACGCGCGACUACCAUUCGCUGAGCCGCACAGAGCGCUCGCAGACUGCCACGCUGCCCCGGGCCUUCUCCACCCUGCCACUGGACCGCCUCCCUCCCAUCUGGGAAGGCGGGAGGAGCAGGCUCCCACUGUCCUGGUCCCUGGGCUCCCGGAGCUGGGCCCAGGUGAAGGGGUCCCCCACCUGCGGGGCCUCGACAGACUCUAUAAUCCUGGCUGGGCAGCCGGCAGCACCCUUGGGGGACCCAGACUCCCACUCGGGCAUCACGCCCAGCCGCUUGGUGUUCUCGGCCCUGGGCCCCACGUCGCUGAAGGUGAGCUGGCAGGAGCCACAGAGUGAGCAGCCGCUGCAGGGCUACAGCGUGGAGUACCAGCUCCUGAGCGGCGGUGAGGUGUAUCAGCUCAACAUCACCAACCCCAGUCAGACGUCAGUGGUCGUGGAGAACCUUCUGCCCAACCACUCGUAUGCGUUCCGCGUGCGGGCCCUGAGCCAGGAUGGCUGGGGCCCCGAGCGGGAGGGGGUCAUCACCAUCGAGUCCCAGGUGCACCCCCAGAGCCCACUGUGCCCGCUGCCAGGCUCCGUCUUCACCCUGAGCACCCCCAGUGCCCCGGGCCCCCUGGUGUUCAUGGCUCUGAGCCCAGACUCGCUGCAGCUGAGCUGGGAGCGGCCACGCAGACCUGACGGGGACAUCCUGGGCUACCUGGUGACCUGCGAGAUGGCCCAUGGAGCAGGCCCAGCCACCACAUUUGUGGUGGACGGCGAUGCCCCGGAGAGUCGGCUGACCGUGCCAGGCCUCAGCGAGAACGUGCCCUACAAGUUCAAGGUGCAGGCCAAGACCACGAACGGCUUUGGGCCAGAGCGGGAGGGGGUCAUCACCAUUGAGUCGCAGGAUGGAGGCCACUUCCCGCAGCUGGGUGGUGCCCCAGGCCUCUUCCAGCAGCCGCUGCCCCCGGAAUACAGCACCCUGACCACUACCCUCACCAGCUCCACAGAGCCCUUCCUCCUGGAUGGAGUGACCCUGGGGUCCCAGCACUUGGAGGUGGGCGGCUCCCUCACCCGGCACGUGACGCAGGAGUUUGUGAGCCGGACGCUGACCACCAGCGGGACCCUCAGCCGCCAGGUGGACCAACAGUUCUUCCAGACCUGAGCCCCC